AUGGUAAUUUUAAGGCAUGGUAUUGUUGAACUUUCACUUAUUGUUGGGUUAUGUCAGGUAAGUAUGUUACAACGCAAGGUAGAUGUACAUUGUUAUGUUGACGUAAAAAGGGUCUGACGGGGUAGAUAGUAAAAGGAGAAAAAAAUUUUAAAAAAUCAUAUGUUUUUGAAACUAAACUACAUUUUUCAGGCUGUUAAUAUUAUGGUAUGCCAUAAAAUAAACUGUACAAAAUAUGGCGUGGAUUGGGUUUGUGGAUCAGAUGGCAACGACUAUCUAAACAGAUGUGAACUUAAUAGAAUGAGGUGCUUUGGAAUGGCUGUAGAAGAGGUUAAAGCUGGAAAAUGUAAAGGUAAGUAUCAAGGCUUUCAAUACAUAAUUUUUUGAUUUAUUUUAAAAUAUUGCCACUGUGAAUUUUCUAUGCUCGAUCGAUAUAUUUAUAACUUUGUCCCGUAUCAAAAAAAUCUCAAAAAAGAUUUCGACACGAUAUUUUCUGCUCAAAAUGGGUUCGAUUGGCAUUUAUCGAAAGCCUAAGUAACUAAAUAUGAAACAGUGCAACUCCUGUAUAACCAAUGGCUAUGGAAUUCAAAAGCUAUUCGUUGUUCAGGAGUUUCACUGUAUAACUAAGGGUGAAUAAGAGGUCGUAAAAGGCUGCUUAAAGCAGAUGGUUUUGACCUAAGAGUGGCAUUCUUUGAUGGUGUUUUGUAUCGUACGUAAAUUUUUUUUUACACCAUAUUAUUUUAGAGGCUAAUUCGCAUACUUCAACAUCAAUACAGACAUGUAGCGACUAUAAAAUGGAUUCUACACAGCAAAUUUUAUUAAAAUAUUGGAAAGUCAAGUAUUUUAAUCAGUUUGGAGGUACGUUUUUAUGAUAUUUUAUUUUUUAGCACUAUUUUUUGCACGGCGGGUAAAUCCUAGUUCAUUUUUAUCAUUAUGAAAACCGUUUUGGCUAGCCAAACAAUAAUUUUAUUAAAAAAUAUUUUUAGCGCCAAUUUAUAUAACUAUAAGUUUUUAAAAAUAAACCAUUUUCAGUCUUUUCCGGCUAUCCCAACGUCCUGGACUAUAUGUUUUCUUUGAUCGAUCUCAACAUAGAUAAUAGGAUCUCGUUCAGUGAAUGGAAUCAUGGUAUCUUGGAGGAGAAGCAAGUAAAAGUAAUGAAAUUGGAACCAAAAUGUAUUCAAAGAAUCGUAAAGUACUGUGACUUUGAUUACAGUAGGGCGAUUGAGAGGAAAGAGUGGUUGGAGUGCUUUGAAGAUACCAUCAACAGCUUCAAAAAGUUGGAUAUUAGUAAGUUAACAUGGUUUAUAUUUGUAGGGGGGGGAGUAGGUAGGGUGGGUAGUUUAGGGUAGGGUAAUAAUUUUUUGACUUUUUAUGAUAUAGAUAACUCUGUACAAUGUAAAAUACGCUUUUUAAAGAAUUGUUGAAAAAAUCAACUGCAAAAACUUUGUUUACACUCUAUGUAAAGCCGAGUUUUGCAGCAUAGACAAACACUGUAGUUUAAUUUAAAAUUAAAAUUAAAUUUUCAUUUUUGGAAGCUUAAUUUCAAAUGUUGUUGUAGCAUUUGAAAGUGAUAUAAUAUUUAUAAAGUAGUUAACUAUUUAUAAAGUAAAGGUUUUGAGCUGCGUAUCUUGUACGUAUUUGUCAAGGUACGAAGGUUGAGUGGCAGUAAAGUACGUUGUCAUAAUGUAACACCUAUUUUGCUUUUAUAUUAUAGUAGUUAAAGUAGUUUAAGUAAAGUUUUAGCGAUGUUAUAUCAUUUAAAAUACCUACAAGACUAUUUUAGAUAUUAUAGUAACAGAAAAUGCCUAAAGUCUAGUAACUUUUAACUCUAUAUCUUUAUAAAAUAUGCCUCAUAUAAAUUCGUGAAUUUUAUUCAAGUGUUUUUGAUGUCUCGAGCAGUAAAUAAUAAUAGACAGGCGGGAUAAACACUCCAUAUACUAUAUUAUGCCAUUAUUAAUUGUAAUUUCGAGGAAGAAAACAAAAUUUUAGACAAUUUUAAUUUAAUGAAAUUUAAGUUUUUUAGUUUUUAAAUAUUUUUAAACGGUUUUUUUUACUUUUAAACGGUCAAAAAGUUUGUAGAAUCUUAGUCUUAUUGAGAUUUUUGUGGCAUUUUUUGUUAAAUACCGUUUAAGUAAAGUAAGGUAAUCUUGAUAGUACAUGUUCAAAAAUACCUAGAUAAAUUCUCAAUGACCAACGCUUGUUUUUGGCAAUAACAAUGUGGAAUUGGUACAACAUAUAAGCACGUAUAUUAAGAGUACUAACACUUGUUUGUCUUUGUAUUUAACGACUUUACUUUAGGGUAAUUUAUUAUUAGGUAGUCACAUAAUUCUGUGCCUUUUUUCAAAGAUAAUUUUUUGGACAAAGGGGCACAAAACUAUAUGACAAUUUAACAACAUCUUAAAUGGGAAUGGUCAGGUGAUUUUUUUAGAGGGUGGGGAUGGAGUGAGGAAGGAAUUAAUUUUUUUUUAGUUUGGUUACAAUUAAUUGCGGACUUUUUCACAUUUUUUAAACAAGAAGUGUAAAAUACGCGUUGUUAUAAGUUCCUUUUAAUUCUUCAAUUCUGUAGUAUAAAACUUGAUGGGAGGUAAUUGGUAAUUAAACUUCUCUAGGUGGCUAAACUAUAGUAGACUAUAUUAAAUUAUUAUGCUACAAAAGCAAAACUAAAUUAUAUCGCGAUAAUUACGUUACAGACAUAGAGUAAUAUAAAGGUAGGUAAACAAGCUUAUAACUAAGUCUGCUUGCUAGGUAAUAGACAAGUAAAAAUUUACGAUUAUUUUUUUUACAAUCAUACGUGUCAUUUACAGUUGUGGCACUGUAUUUUAUUAAUUUAGCAUAUAAACUCACAUGGGUAAUCUAAGGCGAUUAUUUUAUUUUAUUUUUCAAUAUUCACUCGUAAAUUCAUAAUAUAACAUAAAAUCAUAAUAUAAUAUAAAAUAUAAAGUUUUAACGAUAAAUGACAGUACAGUGAUGACUGUAGUAUAGACCUAUAAGUGGUCUACUAGGCGAUAACCAGUACGAUACAAGUUCAUGAGCUCGAUGGCUUGGGCUAUUAAGGCUGCAUCAUUUACAGGUUUACUGUAAUGUGGUAAUGCCUAUCUUGUAACAAAUCCUUGAAUUUAGGGCUGGAUUGAAGGUGAGCUCUGGGGGAUUCAGUAAUAGAGGAGGGGAGGCUUUUGAGCGUACCUCUUGCAACUCUCGCCAGCGCCUGACCUAGCUUGAAAAUCUUGGCUUUUGCUACCUUUUUUCACAAAGCAAGGCACUUUACGGUAGUUUAUGUCACAACUAAAUUUUUAAAAAAAUUCCUAGGAAAAUGAGGUAAAAGAAUUUAAAAAAGCAACAUUUAAACCCCACUUUCACAUCAAUUAUUCCUUGUCACAACUUGUUUUGACCCAACCCUCCAUUACGCAGGCGAUUGGCAUGCUCAUGACGUUGUUUCCGAGGUUUUGGUUUGCAAUUUACAGUAAACUUUUUGCUCGUGCAUAACAUAAUGAGGGGUUUAUUUUGGUAAUCGUUAGCUAUUCUGAGGACAUUUAAUGGGCAUCGUAUGUUUAUUCUUUACUCUGUAGCACGCUCUUCUCGCUUCGCAGUAGUAGCCGGAGGGUUGCUAAUUAAAAAGGGCUUAAGUGCAAAUUUCGAAAGUUUUCAAAACUUUUUUUAAACUUUUUUGGACAAUUAAUGACCUAUUUUAUACAGAGAUGGCUUAUCGUAUAAAGCGAUGACUUAUUUUAUAGAGAGAUGACUUAUUUUGUGUAGAAAAUUUUCAUAAAUUGAUGACAUAUUUUAUGGAAGGAUGAUUUAUUCUAUGUAGGAAUGACUUGUUUUAUGGAAAGAUGACUUAUUUUGUAGACACAAAAGUUUUUGUGAAAAGGUCCGGGUGUUGGAAAGGUGAAGGAAGAGUAUUGAAAAGGAGAAGGGGCAGGGAGAACAUGUGAAGAUGAAGGGGAGGGGUAAAGCAUCGACAAAAUUUCAAGGAUGGACAGGGUAAAAAAGAGUGAAAGACCUAAAUUUAGAUGAACUACUUCAAGACAUAAUGAUCUGGUUUUUGGACACAAUGCCAUGGCAGUAAAUUACUGUAAAAUUAUGUUGUUUACGGAAACAUGUUGAUAUGAUGUCGAUUUACCGGGAAACGUACAUGUUUUUGUGUAGUAAACAAUAAAAAAUUAAUUGUUUUUGGGAUUAUCAGUAUCGGAAUGCACUAUUACUUUGUGGCAUUGAACUAAACCUUUUGCUUUAGACUUUUAUUGUUUUUAGUAUUAGCAGGACUUUCAAAUGAGAUAACUUUAAUAUCAUAUAAAUGAUGUUAACAUCAAAAUUCUACCUAUGGGCGGGUAAGGUUUUGCAGGGUAAUAUGGGUAGAGUAAGGGUAGGGGUAAAGUAGGGCAAGAUAGGGUAGGGUUUUUAAUUUGUCUAUUUUUUCACCGUUUACGCUGUAAUGGUAUUAUAUAUAAUUUGUAGGCUUUGGACUCUAUAAUUUCAUUUUUUAACGUACACGUGCAUACAGAAUAUGCUGUUUUUACAUUGUUAAGUACUAUUUAUUACGAGUUUGUAUUAUCAUUUCAUUGCUUUUGAGAAAGAUUAAUAUAUUGGGUUGUUCAAAAAAUUCUGUGCUCCCCAAACGUCCAAAAUAUGAUUUGAAAGGGGACACAGCAUUAUUUGAACAACUUAAUUGUUCAUGAAAGAUGAUAUUCUAUUUUAUGCAGUUACUUGUAUCAAUUCUCGCUUUUAAACUUCAAAAUUUUUAUUGUUAUAGGAAUGGUAAGGGGUUUGAUAUACACAGUAACACUCCUUUUUGUGGGAUUAUUUUGUUUGACAGUUGUUGUGACAAAGAGAAAGAGGUUACUUCCGGUUAUAUACGUUCAUAAAUGGCCAAAUGUUACUGAAGAUCAAAGUACGAUUGGUUUAUAGGUAGUAGUGUCGUGUUGUGGUUAGUAUUAAUAGAAUGUUGUUGUUGCGCAAAAAAUUAUUUUCUGAUAUGAAGUUUAGUAGCUCAUUACUUUUUGAACAAACGUGUACAAGUCAGUUAUAUUUUGCUUCAGCUUAUGAUUUGAAAUUGUAUAUAGUAUCACUUUGGCAUUGGCAUCAACAUAAAGACUUAAAACAUAACCAGGGACGUCGCUACGGAUUUUCUCUGGGGGAGGGGGGAGCUCAAAAAAAAUUUUUUCGUCCACAGGUCCUGUGGUCCGAUUUUCCAAAAAAAUUUUUUUUUCGUUUUUUGCGCGUACAGGUGUUGUGGAAUUUUUUUCGGAUCGGCUCUGGGGGAGGGGGCACCCCCUUACCCCCUCCCCCAAACGACGUCCCUGAACAUAACAUAUAAGGUAUAACAUGUAAAAUAUAAAGCCCAAGUUAUAUGUGUUGUGCCAAGUAAUACUUUCCAAGUAAUACGCUUUGGCGCCAUUAUUUUACUGUGCCAAAUCCUGAGAAUGUAAUCUAAUUGAUUAUGCAGCAUAUUAAAGUUGUUUCCUUUACAGAUACGCCCAAGAGUUCAUUGAUAUCAACGUUGGUCCCAUUGAAACACAGUAAACUCUUCUCCAGUAUAUCAGGUCAGAGUUUGAUGAAUAAUUCAAUAUAGAUCAUAGAUUAACAUAAGUUAUAUUAACCUUCAGGCUUCGUAUUUCAAAAUGAGUAGAUAGACAAUAGAUAGUACCUAUAAUUUGUUAUAUUAGGUUGUUCAAAUAGUUUGGUGCCUUUUCUCAAAACAAGUGUUUGGGGCUAGGGGGCGCAUAAUUUUUUGAAAAACCUAAUAUCACAAAUACUAGGUAAUAUUUACUGUAUAGACAUUCUAAAGCACAAUAUAAUAUUACUCUACCCCUCCACACUUAACUAUAAUAUAUGUAUUUUAACCCUGCCAAAAGAACCCUUGCCAAAUUCCGUCCUAAAAGUACAAGAAAACAAACCCUGGACUAGUGGUACCACUUGGUCCAAACACAACUCUACCUCAACAUACGAAGUAGCUCACAAGAUACGAUCUGAAGUCUGUCAUGGUGAGAAGCGACGUCGCUUCUUACAAUUACUAUUUACUCAGUUUCGAGCUGAAUUACAGUCAUUUGGAGUGGUACUGGAUGGUACUCUUAGUGCCAAUCGAAGGCAUAGUGCUGAAUGGAAGUUUCGGCAGAUGGAUGGGAACAAGGAUAAUGUAGGUUCGGGGAAGGAUAGUAAAGGGAGGGGGUAGGUAUAGGUAAGUAUAGGAGAGGAGAAUAAAAAUAUGGUUUUAGAACAAAGGGCGGGGUAGAAAUGAAUUUUUGAGGGGAUGGUUAAAAAUAAAAUAAAGAAUUCUUAUAUUACAGUAUCUGACCCAUCAUGAGUACCAACCCUUCCGCAAGGUGAUACGACAUUGGGAGGGGGUGAAAAGAUGUGGUCGAUCUUUUAUACGAAUAUGUGAUUCAAACAAUGAUAAGAAGAUAUCAUUUCAAGAAUGGACGGAGUGUACUGUUGUUGGUAAGUUACCUACCCUACCUUACUCUAUCCUAUCAUUCUUUACUUUACCUUACUUUACUCUACUCUACCCUACUCUACCCUAUCUUUACAUAAACUUACAUUUGCUUUUCAGCCUUUGACCAGACAAAGAUCAUGCCAAAAUCAAACCCAUUACUGUACCUUCUGAACUUUGGUUGA